CUUUUGCUCGAUUGCAGGAACAACCAUUGGAGUUUGUGCACAACCGAAGCCAAACCCAAAGCCCACGGCCAACGUCCCAACAGCCCCACCGCGUCUCGAGAGUCUUGCACAAAGCAAAAAAGUAGUGUCAUAGCCACGCUGAUGGCGGCGUCAUCGUCCGAGUCGACCUCGUCGUUGCCGGACUCGGCUUCACCCAGCUCGUUCGCGGAAUGGAGCUCCUCGCUGCUGACGAGCGCCGUCACGUCCAUCCUCGAUGGCUCCUCGGUGAUGGAUUUCGCGAGUACAGAUAGCACACUGGUCCAAGAGACGAUGGCAUCUUCCAUUGGAGACGGAAGCAUUGCUGCCACAACGACUGAAACGGUCGAGAUUUCUACCGCUGCCCCCACCUUGAGCGCUUUGGAGACCUCCACAGACUGGAUGUCGCUGACGACAAUCAUCGAGUCACUCACACCGACCGACGAGUCGCUGUUUCCGUCGGACGAGUCGCCAACAGAGUCCUAUUCAGAGACGCCCGAGCCAGAAUUCCCGCUCGACCUGCCAAUUUCCGCUGCGUCGCUCUUCGCCAUCGUCAUGGGUGGCGCACUGCUCGCGGCGUUUGCGUUUGGCGUGCUAUUCUACUUGACUCGAAACACCAUUCCGACGGCUGUGCGGGCUGCUGCGGCUGCUGCGGCCGCUGCUGCUGCUGGCGGCGACGGGCGAGGCCGCUCCAUUGGCUGGCUCAACCGAUGGUACCGGCGGCGGCGGCAACACCGGCACGUAACAACGCACCUACUGGACGAAGAAGAGGCGGCGGUGCGCUCUCCAUCCAUGGAGAUGAGCCGGCCGUCGCAAGUCGUUGAAAUGCAGACGCUAGCAGCAGGAGGCUCUGCGUUGCGAGAUCCCACUGCAUUGCGAGAUCCCACGAGCUCGAGCAGUGGCAUGCUUAUCGACGACACCAGCGCGGGUGCUUCUCGGAGCACGACGCGAGACACAUCAACCCUAUCCUCUGAUCGCGAAAAAUCGUCCGUUGCAGCACUGCUCCUCGGCCGGCGGUGGAUGAGUCACCGACAAUCACGACCAUCUUCUUACUCGCAGGAUGCCACUGGGCGAGGGAAUGCUGGUCGGUAGAUGGCCAGGCUCCUCCCAGACCCCGUUUAUUUAUUUCAGCAAAAUGCUCUACUUUGUUUCAAAUCCAACGGUCACACCACGAUCUUUCAAUACAAAGGCCACAUACAUUCAUGUACAAGCUUCUUUGAUGCACUGCAGUCAUGCAUUGCUUCAAAAUCCCGCCCUUGCUCAACCAACUACAAAUUGGCCAACAAAACGCAGCCAUGGGAUUCACUGUCCUGUUCCCCGUGAGUCAGACAAUGACAGACAUUCACGGAACUCGAUGGUCAAGAAUCAUGUUGCUAUUGGACAAUGCUUGCAGGCUCGUGCGACUUGAAGUUGACAUGGGCUCGGUCGCUUCGUUUGAUCCGUUCGAGAACAGCGUGAUAUCUUUUAUCCAGCUUGCCUGCCGAGUGCAACAUUCGACCCUCACAAUGUUUCUUUCGAUCUGAGACACAGCGUUGUUGCUUCGCUUUGCUUCUGGUUCACUUUGCAUUGCUAAAUUGUCAAAUUACAACCUCCACCGCUCA